AUGAACGCCCCCUGUUUCGCGAGUAGUCCAUAUAUUUUUCAUACAAUUUCGGACGGUUCGAGUUCUGAAACUGAUGAUAGCUCUGAUUCCGGUUGUGAAAAAAUUGUGGAAGGUUUUCGAACGAAAUAUAACGAUCCGAAGCGAAGAACAAUUAAUAAAGUUAGUAAAAAGAUACUUAGGGCCAUUGAACGAUUAACAUGCAGUAUAAAAAGAAGUGUGAAUGUGAAGAAAGCUAAUUUAGCCAAACGAGGAAAAGAUUCUUUUAUGAUAGGCUUCACUGACCUACGGAAAGAGUCAGUGGAUCGGAUGACACCAAACAAACUUGGGGACUUUUUUGUAUAUUAA